AUGAGUUCCAAUAUUGUAGUCUGUAAUAAGCCUCACACUGUAUGCAUUCCCCUUCCAUUACAAAGCCAUAUAAAGGCUAUGCUCAAGUUAGCAAAGCUCCUACACUACAUAGGUUUUCAUGUAACUUUUGUCAAUACGGAGUUCAACCACAGGCACUUUCUUAAAUCUUUAGGACCAAAUUCUGUUGAUGACUUCCCCGAUUUUCGGUUUCAAACAAUACCAGAUGGCCUUCCAGAUUCAGAGGCUGAUGCAACAACCCAAAACAUCCCUUUGUUAUGUGAUUCCAUGAGAAAAAAUUUCUUGGCUCCAUUUCGUAACCUCCUCUUGAAACUCAAUGAAGCGGCGAGUUCCAACAACAGUGUUGGACCUCCUGUGACUUCCAUUGUUUCAGAUGGUUUCAUGCCUUUUGCCAUCACAGCUGCUGAGGAACUUGGACUCCCUAUCGCAGUGUUCUUCACUUUGGCUGCGGUCGGAUUCAUGAGUUGUAAGCAAUACCCCACUUUGGUGGAAAAAGGACUUGCACCACUCAAAGAUGAGAGUUAUUUCACAAAUGGUUUUCUGGAUAAGGUCAUAGAUUGGAUUCUAAGAGUAAAAGCUAUCCGUUUAAGGGAUCUUCCGGCUUCCUUUCAAACUACUAAUCCCAAUGACAUCAAUUUUAACUUCACCUUGGAAGCAGCUGUUGGAGUUCAUAAAGCUUCAGCAGUUGUUGUUCAUACUUUUGAUGCGUUGGAGCCAGAUGUUUUGGAUGCUUUGUCAUCUAUGCUUCCACAUGUUUAUGUUGUUGGCCCUCUCCAGUUGCUUCUCAAUCAGAUACCAAAAGACCCUUUGGAGCCUAUGGGUUACAGUCUGCGGAAAGAAGAAACAAAGUGCCUGGAAUGGAUAAACGCCAAGGCGCCAAAUUCUGUUGUUUAUGUGAAUUUUGGCAGUUUAGCGGUUGUCACGGCACAACAUCUUAUUGAGUUUGGUUGGGGACUUGCAAAUAGCAAGCUUCCAUUCUUUUGGGUAAUAAGACCUGAUUUGGUAGCUGGUGAAUCGACGAUUUUUCCACCCGAGUUUGUGGCAGAAACUAUGGAAAAAGGUCUAAUAACAAGUUGGUGCCCACAAGAGCAAGUCCUUAACCAUCCAUCAGUUGGAGGGUUUUUAACACACAGUGGUUGGAAUUCAACCAUUGAGAGUCUGUCUGCUGGAGUGCCUAUGCUCUGUUGUCCCUUAUUCGGCGAACAACGAACAAAUUGUCUCUAUACUUGUAGUGAAUGGGGUAUUGGCAUGGAGAUCAGUAAGGAUGCCAAGAGAGACGACGUCGAGAACAUUGUCAAAGAGAUGAUUGUGGGAGAGACGGGUAAGAAAAUGAAAAACAAGGCCAUGGAGUUGAAGAAACUAGCAGAAAAGGCAACUGAUCCACAUGGCUCUUCAUGGACCAACUUAGACUAUUUAGUGAGUCAAGUGCUAUUAAGGAAAGGCUAGGUGUUGUCCUUGGCAACCCUUAUUCGGCUUAACUUUGUUGUAGUCGAUGUUAUUGUUGGUCUUAAUUAACUUACAAAAAUGUAGUGCUUAGAGGCUAUUGUAUGUUGUUUAAAACAGACUAUUCCUAUAGGCAAUACCACCUGUUAGAUUGACUUCUUUUAGAGCGUACAUGAAGUUCCUGACCUGCGGUGGUUUUUAUGGGAUUUAUGUUUAAUUUAUUAUU